AUGGUUGAUCUGCAAUUCCUUUGUCUAAUGCAAUAUACUGAUCCGAUGCAGGUGUUCGAGAAGUUGAUGUUGCAGGGCCACAUAGCAUGCCCCAUCAUUGUAGCAAGCUUACUCAUGUAUUCAAAGUCCUUCAUUUCUAUGCUCUUCUUGGGGCAUCUUGGGGAUGUGGCACUGUCAGGGGGUUCGUUGUCAAUUGGCUUUGCCAACAUAACAGGUUACUCUGUUCUUAAAGGAUUGGCCAUGGGGAUGGAACCAAUAUGUUAUCAGGCUUAUGGAGCAAAGAGAUGGGCAAUUCUCAGUCAAACCUUCCGAAAAACUCUCUUUCUGCUCUUAGUAGCAACCUUUCCAAUCUGCAUCUUGUGGUUAAACUUGAAACCCAUCCUCUUGUGGUUAGGUCAAGAUGAGAGUACAACUUCGGUAGCCUGGGCCUAUAUCAAAUACUCAAUCCCUGACUUGAUUGCUCAAGCUUACUUCCAUCCCUUAAGAACAUUCUUAAGGACACAAAAUAUAAACAGGCCCCUUACUUUAUCAGUAACCCUUGCAAUGUUUCUUCACUUUCCAAUCAACUACUUCCUGGUUGUGUAUUUAGAUAUGGGGGUCAAAGGAGUUGCCCUAGCCUCAGGUUGGAACACUUUAAAUGUAAACCUUGGUCUGCUAAUUUACCUUUUACUAUCAGAAAUCUCACUAAAACCAUGGGAUGGGGCCACGUGUAAUACAUUUUCCAAAGGAUGGCAUCCACUUCUGGCCCUUGCAGGCCAAAGCGUAUUAUCUGUGUGCCUAGAGUGGUGGUGUUAUGAGAUACUGCUACUACUUUGCAGUUUAUUAAGCAACCCACAGACAAGUGUGGCUGCAAUGGGCAUUCUAAUACAAACCACGAGCUUACUUUAUGUAUUUCCCUCUUCCCUGAGUGCAGGAUUGUCAAUACUGGUAGGCCAUGAACUAGGGGCUGAUAAACCAGGAGAGGCUCAACAGACAGCUAUCAUUGGACUCACUCUGGCUGUUCUUUGGGGAUCUUUGGCCAUCAUUUUCACCAUUGCAGUAAGAGAUGUUUGGGGUAAACUGUUUACAUGUGAGCCAGAAAUACUUGGUUUGACGUCAAUUGCUCUUCCCAUAAUAGGUUUUUGUGAACUAUGGAAUUGCCCUCAAACAGCUGCAUGUGGAAUUUUAUUAGGCUCGGCCCGGCCUAAGAUGGGUUAUCAGAUAAAUUUUGUCUCCUUCUAUCUAAUUGGUUUGCCUGUUGCAGUUAUAUUGGCCUUCAAGUUCAACAUGGGCUUUAAGGGGCUGUGGUUUGGGCUUGCUGCAGCACAAAUUUCAUGUACAUGCAUGAUGGUCUGCACUCUGGUUUGCACUGAUUGGAAACAACAAGCCAGCAGAGCAAAGGAACUUACUCAGGAAAUUGAAGGUAGCAAUAAUGAUUUGGAAGCCAAUCUCCUAACCUGA